AUGCAAAGGGGAAUUAUCCUCAAAGACUUAGGGUCGUCGGCGGCGCCGCAUUCAAGAAAGCAAAGCCUCAAUGGAGCAGAGGGUCCCCAUGAUCCUCUGAUUUCCCUGCUCGCGCAAAUCGGAAGAAACUGGAAUCUGAACGUCUACCUCCUCUCCGACAUGACCAAAGGCAACGUCCUGCCUUCCGUCGGCUUCCAGCUCAGAAGGGCUUUCCUGAGUGACUCAGACGCUAUCCCUGUCGAUGACAGCAAAUGGUCAACCUUCGUUAGAGAGCUUUGCAUUCGAUAUCGGAAAACUCCGUAUCACAACGAGCGCCAUGCUGGAACUGUAGCCCAUCUAAAUGUCUGGCUUCUUCGCCAUACCGCAUGCUGGAACGUACUAACCCCCUUACAGAAGCUGGCGGUCGUUGUUUCUGCCUUGGUGCAUGAUGUUGGCCACUUCGGCGUGAAUAACUCUCUUCUUAUCAACUCCAAUCAUCCCCUAGCCAUUACAUAUAAUGACAGGGCAGUACUGGAGAAUUUUCACGUCUCCGUGGCUUUUCGCACAAUGCUAUUCUAUUCCAAUGGAGCGGCGAACAUCUUAGAACACCUCUCCGCCGACCAGUACAAGUCCGAGCGCGCAGCCAUAGUCGAGCUGGUUUUAGAAACGGACUUGGCCUCGCAUUUCGACUUUCUCACGCGAUUCAAGUUGCGCAUGCAAGUCAUGCAAUCGACGGUCUCCCGAAUGGCAAACGCAGACGUUGCAACAGAGGAGGCAGAUCGUAAAGCCAUUGGAGAAGAUACUUCAACAGAUUGCUGGAUGAUUGCAAAGGCUUGCAUUAGAUGCGCCGAUAUCGGACAUUCUGCGGUGAACUGGGAGCAGCACUACAAGUGGUCUCGCGCCCUGAUGAAGGAGUUUUUUUCUCAGGGCGCACAAGAAUUAGAACUUGGCCUGCCCAUUUCUCCCGUUUGCAACGAACAAACAACAGAUGUGCCGAAAAGUCAGAUCGGCUUCAUCCGCUUAAUAUGCCAACCACUUUUCGAAACCUUGGAGCAGGCGGAUGCUUCUGGCGCUAUUCUUGGGGUUUGCUUGACUCAAAUGCGAUCCAACUCGGGGUUCUGGCAGCGCAUCUCCGACACUGGCGUCAACUGGAGAGACAGUAAUGAGGUGACAGCACUUAUCCCCAACGCGAGCGGCACACCUCCCGCUCGUGCUGCGCCUUAG